GCCCGCGCCCGGCCGGGCCGCACCAGCCUCGCGGGCCGCCCGUGGGGGCGGGGCGGAGGAGGAGCCGAGGGCGCCGCGCCAUCCCCGGCCGCCGCCCGCCGCGUUCCACACCGCAUGUAAACAGUCCCCGCCGGCACGCGCCCAGGGACCGGAGGGAGCCGAGCCGCCGGCCUGCCCCGGAGGAGGGCGCCGGGAAGCGAGGAGGGCGGGCGGGCGGGAGGCGGAGGGCGCGGCGGCCGCGAUGGAUUUCCAGCAGCUGGCCGAGGUUGCGGAGAAAUGGUGCUCCAACACGCCCUUCGAGCUCAUCGCCACCGAGGAGACCGAGCGCAGGAUGGAUUUCUACGCCGACCCUGGCGUCUCCUUCUACGUGCUGUGUCCGGACAACGGGUGCGGCGACAAUUUUCACGUGUGGAGUGAGAGCGAGGACUGCCUGCCUUUCUUGCAGCUAGCACAGGAUUACAUCUCCUCCUGCGGCAAGAAGACGCUCCAUGAAGUCUUGGAAAAAGUCUUCAAGUCUUUCAGACCUCUGCUCGGGCUUCCGGAUGCAGACGACGAUGCAUUUGAAGAGUACAGUGCGGACGUGGAAGAGGAGGAGCCGGAGGCAGACCACCCCCAAAUGGGGGUCAGUCAGCAGUGAACCUCCAGGGCUCCAGCCGGAGAAGAAUUCGCUUGUUAGUAGGCUCCUUCCGAUGUCUAAUCUCGGCAGGUGAAGAUGCAGAGCAGACAUCUGUCAGCUUGGAAGACGAGGAAAGAAAGCUUCAGUUCCAGGAUGAGUCUGAACUAGCUGAGGUCCAGUCUUAAUUUGUGUAUGAGAGCAAAAUUUAGCAAAAGCAAGCCACGGUUCUUGGGGUUUUUUUAAGGCAAGAAAUGUUUCAUGUAGAGUAUACGUACUUUCUUUGCCUUCAUAUUUCCUUUCAAAGAAAUCUCUUGUAAAUUACAAAACUGUGACAUGGGUUGCCAAAAAUUGUUGCCCUUCGUUAGAUGCUUCAAACAGUGUAAACCCUGUGUGGAACCCUGUCCACAGCUCCCUCCUCCCCUGAGAGCAAGGGGCUCCUCCCACAAUGUAAUUACCAGUCGCUUGCUAUUAAAGAGCCUUCCAGACCCUGGUGGUGUCUACCUCUCUUUUUUA